UAAAUAACCCUCUUAUUGCCUUUCUGCAAGUCCUCUGCCUUGAUUCCACUUUUACGUUAAGUCCACUUUCCUAAUCCUUUUUGCAAAACUCAGUCGUUUCAACUCCUCUAUUCAUCUUCGUCUUUGCAAAUGGAUUGUUGCACCAAUUCCAGCUCUCCUUUUGACUGCCUCAUCUUCGAUUUAGAUGAUACUCUGUAUUCUUCCAAACUGGGAAUUGCUGAACCUUUAAGGAAGAACAUUGACGACUUUCUGGUUGAGAAGUGCGGAUUUGCAGAGGACAAAGCUUCCAGACUCCGAGUUGAGCUCUUUAAAACUUAUGGCAGCUCUCUCGCCGGUUUGAGGGCGUUAGGCUAUGAUAUCGAUGCUGAUGAUUACCACAGUUUCGUGCACGGAAGGUUGCCUUACGAUGUGAUCAAGCCAGACAGCCAAUUACGCAACCUUUUGCGAAGUAUUACCCAAAGAAAAAUUAUUUUCACCAAUUCCGAUAGAAUUCACGCAAUUAAGGUCCUAAAAAGGUUAGGAAUAGAAGACUGCUUCGAUCAAAUCAUAUGCUUUGAGACAAUGAAUCCAAAUCUGUCCCAAUCGACGCGUCCUGACGAGUUCCCCGUUCUUCUUAAGCCUUCAAUGGAUGCCAUGAAGAUUGCUCUCCACGCUGCCAAUGUAGACCCUCGCCGCACGCUGUUCCUGGAUGAUAACGUGCGCAAUGUGGCAGCAGGGAAAGCUAUGGGGCUCGGUACAGUUCUGGUUGGAAAAACGGUGAAGAGCAAAGAAGCAGAUUAUGUAAUGGAGAAUGUAAACAAACUGGCACAAGUAAUUCCAGAAAUUUGGGGGGUUGGAAAGGACAAUGGUGAUCAAAGCAUCAACCGCACCAGGAGUGACUUAGAUUCCAUCCUUGCAACCACAAUCGUUGGAGCCUAAAUCACAUCAAAUCCCAAUCACGACCUUUGUCUCAUUGUAAAAAAACUGUACAUGUACCAAGUUCCAAAAUCCAUGUAAAUCAUCAAAUGUGCAGACGUGUUUAUGUAAAUGGUAUGUCCAUAAAAUAAGAUCUGUACCGCUUUUAAAUCCA